AUCGGACGCGGCACGUCCUCUCGCUCUCCUAGUUUCUAUCGCGCGGGUGAGAAGUGAGGAGGUCGUGGUGGGUUGUGUGUACAUUCAAUGCGGUGUAACGUACGUUAUAUACUUCGAUACAUCUCCCAAUGCGGCGAACGUGCCCGAGUAACGUACUGUGCCCGUCGUAAUAACGUAGCGUGAAUUUCGGCGACGCGCCGUAUUUAGAAAAGUGCCUUCUGUCAUUAAACGCCUUUCGCGGGUAAAAUGUUUCAGAGAGAAGGGAUAAGACUAAGACAGCACACGACAAAAAAGACAUCGGCUGAGUUACCUUACGAAAAUAAGAUCGCUUCGAGGAAGCAAGAUGUACUGCCAAACGAAACCCAGCAUCUCCUUUUUGUCCUUACGUUCUUUCUCUUUAUGUCUUUCAUCAUAAUCGUAGUCGAAAAAAAUCUGCCUGAGCCAAUAACUAUCAAUACCGAGGGAUUUCACUCGGGAAGAUUUGUAGCUGAACGUGCUCGUCAUCAUAUUGUGAAUCUUACAUCAAUUGGACCUCGUAUUGCUGGCAGUUAUGAGAAUGAAGUAUUAGCUGUUAAAUUUCUGACGACAACGAUCAAUGGCAUAAUUAAAGGGACCCAUGAGAACCACAAAAUUCUCUUGGAUAUCACAAAACACAGUGGUGCAUUUCCUCUUAAGUUUCUCGAUGGAAUGACUAAUGUUUAUAGAAAUGUACAAAAUGUUAUUGUCAAGAUUGGACCUCAUAGGCCUACGAUACACAGCUUAUUGCUUAAUUGCCAUUUUGAUACAUUUUUUGAAAGCCCAGGUGGUUCAGAUGAUGGAGCUGGUUGUGCCAUAAUGCUAGAGAUUUUACGAAUAAUUAGCCAAAGCCCAAAAAUAUUAAAGCAUAGCAUUAUAUUUUUAUUCAAUGGAGCAGAGGAAAAUAUAUUAGAGGCAUCUCAUGGCUUUAUAACUCAGCAUCUCUGGGCAAAGGGAAUACGAACAUUCAUAAAUCUAGAGGCGUGUGGUGCAGGCGGUCGCGAGCUAUUAUUUCAGGCUGGGCCACAUAAUCCUUGGAUUCUUGAGGUUUAUGCUAAAUCUGUGCCAUAUCCUUAUGCAUCGUCAUUAGCUCAAGAAAUAUUCGAAAGUGGUAUCGUACCUGGUGACACGGAUUUUCGGAUAUUCAGAGAUUUUGGAAAAGUAUCUGGCCUUGACUUCGCAUGGUCAACCAAUGGUUAUGUGUAUCAUACCAAGUUUGACAAUGUUGAUCAGAUACCACUAGGUACUCUACAGAGAACUGGUGAUAAUAUUCUCGCUUUAACGCAAGGAAUAAUAUCCGAAGAUUAUUUAUCGGACACGAGUGUUCACGGAACAUCAGGAAGUCUCGUGUUCUUCGACUUUUUGGGUGCAUUUGUCAUUCGAUGGCCGCAAUACAUCGUCAGUAUAAUCAAUGUCGCCAGUAUGAUUAUAGCUGGGUACUCUAUCCAUUUGAAUAUGCAGAGUGCACGUAGAAAUAUUAAGAGAUCGGUGUACGCGAAACAUGUGGCGAUAUGCGUGGGAGCAAUCAUCGCUUCGUGGAUGGUAUCGUCAUCCUCUUGUACAUUAGUCGCUCUGACGUUGACCAAAUUGGGAAAGGUAAUGAGUUGGUAUGCGAGACCGGCGUGGCUGUUCUUUUUAUACGUUUGUCCGACCACUUUCAUGUCAAUGAUCGUAUUCCUGUAUGUAGGAUCGAGACAGGAAAAGGAAGUUAACUCUGCAUGGAUUUUGUUCCAAAUGUAUUGCGAUGCAUAUGCUAUAAUAUGGAUGUGUAUUCUAUUUGUAUGUGUUUUAUUUGAGAUACGAUCAGGCUUCAUACCGUUGCAUUGGGUUCUAUUUCCGGCAAUUGGGAAUAUUAUACGACUCAAUUUCUUCGGCAAAUGUAGAGAUUGGAGAUGGCUUUGUUACCAUUUGAUAAUACUGAGUUUGUCUUACAUACAGUCGUUUUACUUAGCAAUUGGAGCUCUCUAUCUCUUUAUUCCCAUAAUGGGUCGAACCGGUAGCAGUAUUAAUUCCGAAAUUGUAAUGGCUAUCAUGUUGUCGAUGUUAUUCUGCCUAUUACUCAGCUUUACGUUACCAAUAGUGCUGCUAAUAAAGAAUGCAGAGCGAAUUAUAAGUGUGAUAAUCGGGAUAUUCUUGGUCGCUAUUGCUGUGUUAAUUUUAACACCACUCGGAUUUCCUUACAGUGGUGAUCCAUUGUCGCCCGCUGCACAACGAUUUAUGAUAGCGCAUAGUCAUCGUCAGUAUUACAAUGCAGAUGGUAGCCUCAGAUAUUCUGGUACAGGAUAUUGGAUAGUGGAUUUUGAUAUGAAUAGUCCUCAUAGCGUGGAGUCGAUAGUACCUGAAGUGGCUGCCGCAACGCCAACGGUCAGAGAUUGUGAAAAGGAAUUAUAUUGUGGUUUACCAUAUUUAAUGCCGGUCACAACUUUCUUAUGGAGAACGAGUUGGAUACCUGGGCCCGCUCCUCUUAUAAACGUUCCUACAAAUCUUGAGCUCAUUUCAAAAACACGAUACGCCGAUACCAUUUUAAAUCAACAACACCUUAUUAAUUUCACAUUUAAUGUUACAGGUCCCGAUCACAUAGGUAUAAUUUUGUCCCCUUACAAAGGUGUUCAUCUAGAGAAAUGGACUGUAGUUGAAGGGAAACCACUUCAAGGUCCAAUGUGGAAUGACAGAGAGACUUAUUUUAUCUAUUAUGCAUGUGCCUCAGAUUGUGUGCCAUAUACAUUUUCUAUUGAAUUAAAUGUAUCCGCAAUGCAGAAAGGGCCAUGCUUGUCCAUCGCGUUAGCUGGACAUUUUUUACACGGUGAAAACCAAAGAUCUCUGAGAUUCAAAACCUUUUUGGCACAAUUCCCACCAUGGGCUGUUGUUUCCCCUUGGACUGCUACGUAUAAGUCAUGGGAAUUUUAACAAGGAUUUUAUCAAAGAUUUUAUCAGUAAGAUAGUACGGUAAAACAGGAAGCAAUAUCUCACGGCGGAUCGGCCCGUGUUACGGAGUAGCCUAACUAGAGAGAGAGAGAGAGAGAGAGAGAGAGAGAGAGAGAGAGAGAGAGA